GUAGAUAAGAGCCGCACACAGGGAAGCGCACAGACGCGCUCCGGUUCUAUUGUGGGGGUUGUAGUUCUGAAGCGUUUUGUUUGCGAGCAGACAGCCGCCGGCCAGGACUACGGCUCCCAGAAUCCUGUGCGCGUUAUCAGCUGCCCCUGCGCACAGGCACAGAGAGUGAGUUCCAAUUGUAUCCUAUCACACCAAAGAGGGAUGAUGUCACCUGCGAUCUGCAAGGCUCGGCGGCCGGGGAGGAAAGAGUUCAUAUAGAGCCCGGUGCCCAAUGCUGUACCAAGCAUGGAGUGUGCCAGGCACCCGUGUGAACCUUGUCACUAAGCUGUGAGAAGUGCAGAGGCUUGGUAGGAUUUCUUGGGAAGGGUUGAAUCUUAAGACUUCCAGCCAUGGCUCCAAGAAAGAGGAGUAACCGUGGAAUCUCCUUCAUCUUCUGCUGUUUUCGAAGCAAUGAGCAUCCAGAGAUCACAUACCGGUUACGAAAUGACAGCAAUUUUGCGCUGCAGUCAAUGGAGCCAGCAUUACCAAUCCCUGCAACUGAGGAGCUGGAUGUUAUGUUUGCAGAGUUGGUGGAUGAAUUGGACCUCACAGACAAGCACAGAGAAGCCAUGUUUGCUCUCCCAGCUGAGAAGAAAUGGCAAAUUUAUUGCAGCAAAAAGAAGGACCAAGAAGAAGACAAAAGUGCUACAAGUUGGCCAGAGUUCUACAUUGAUGAACUAAAUUCUAUGGCUGCUAGAAGAACGUUAUUGGCAAUGGAGAAGGAAGAUGAAGACGAAAGGAACAAAACUAUAGAGAGCUUAAAAACUGCGCUGAGGACGAAGCCUAUGAGGUUUGUGACCAGAUUCAUAGAGAUGGAUGGUUUAACGUGCAUACUGAACUUCCUCAAAAGUAUGGACUAUGAAAUAGCAGAGUCCCAAAUACAUACCUCCCUCAUUGGCUGCAUCAAAGCGCUGAUGAACAACUCUCAGGGGCGGGCUCAUGUCUUGGCCCAUUCAGAGAGCAUUAAUGUGAUCGCUCAGAGUUUGGCCACCGAGAACAUAAAGACUAAAGUAGCUGUGCUUGAAAUCAUGGGAGCCGUCUGCUUGGUCCCUGGAGGACACAAGAAAGUACUGGAAGCCAUGUUGCACUACCAGAGAUACGCCAGCGAGAGAACGCGCUUUCAAACUUUAAUAAAUGACUUGGAUCGAAGUACAGGAAGGUAUCGGGAUGAAGUCAGCCUGAAGACUGCGAUCAUGUCCUUUAUUAAUGCGGUGCUUAGCCAAGGAGCCGGUGUGGAAAGUCUAGAUUUCCGACUUCAUCUCAGAUAUGAAUUUCUAAUGUUGGGAAUUCAACCAGUAAUUGAUAAACUUCGGGAACAUGACAAUUCCACACUUGAUAGACACUUAGAUUUUUUUGAAAUGCUGAGAAAUGAAGAUGAACUUGAAUUUGCCAAAAGAUUUGAUCUGGUUCACAUAGACACUAAAAGUGCAACUCAGAUGUUUGAGCUGAUAAGGAAGAGGUUAACGCACUCCGAAUCCUAUCCGUACUUUACUUCUAUACUUCACCAUUGCCUCCAAAUGCCUUAUAAACGAAGUGGCAAUACUAUACAUUACUGGCUUCUUCUGGACCGGAUAGUUCAGCAAAUCGUGAUCCAAAACGAUAAAGGACAAGAUCCUGACAGCUCUCCUCUGGAAAAUUUCAAUGUCAAAAAUGUUGUUAGAAUGCUGGUGAAUGAGAAUGAAGUGAAACAAUGGAAGGAGCAGGCAGAGAAGAUGAGAAAAGAGCACCAUGAGCUACAGCAAAAACUGGAGAAGAAAGAGCGAGAAUGUGAUGCAAAGACUCAGGAGAAAGAAGAGAUGAUGCAGACUCUGAACAAAAUGAAGGAGAAGCUGGAGAAGGAGUCCAGUGAGUGCAAGCAAGUAAAACAGCAGGUGGUGGAACUAACAGCACAAAUCCAGGAGCUGAACAGCCGAGCAGUCUGUGCUCCCAUUCCAGGAGGGCCACCUCCUCCACCAGGUGCCCCAGGUGGUCCAGUACCUUUGCCACCUGGAAAUAUGAUGCCUCCUCCGCCACCACCUCCUCCUCCACCUGGUGGAAUGGCUCCUCCACCACCGCCACCUCCACCCCCAGGAGGUCCACCUGCACCACCAGGUCCUCCACGUUUAGGAUUUAUGUCUUCAGCUCCCGGACCUCUAGGCCAAGCCCUGAAAAAGAAAAAUAUCCCCCAGCCAACCAACCCACUUAAAUCCUUCAACUGGAAUAAACUUUCAGAGAACAAACUGGAAGGAACUGUCUGGGUUGAUAUUGAUGACUGCAAAGUGUUCAAGAUAUUAGAUUUAGAAGACAUUGAACGGACCUUCUCCGCAUACCAAAGACCUCAGGAUUUCUCCAUAAACAACGGCAUCAAGCAGGCACUCUCGAGAAGAGAGACCUUUAGAGCUCUGAAAGAGCCCGAGACCAAUGAGGGUACCCUUGGUUCAAAGAAGGUGAAAGAACUUUCUGUGAUAGAUGGAAGGAGGGCACAGAACUGUAAUAUUCUUCUUUCCAGGCUAAAGUUGUCCAAUGAAGAAAUCAAACGUGCAAUUUUGUCAAUGGAUGAGCAGGAGGAUCUCCCUAAGGACAUGCUGGAACAGCUCCUGAAAUUUGUUCCUGAGAAGAGCGACAUUGACUUGCUGGAGGAGCACAAACACGAGCUGGACCGUAUGGCCAAACCGGACAGGUUCCUCUUCGAAAUGAGCAGGAUUAACCAUUACCAACAGCGGCUGCAGUCUCUGUACUUCAAAAAGAAGUUUGCAGAAAGAGUUGCUGAAGUCAAACCAAAGGUGGAAGCCAUUCGCGCAGCCUCCAAGCAGGUUUUGCAAAGUAAAAGCUUAAAGCAGCUUCUGGAAGUUGUCCUUGCUUUUGGAAACUACAUGAACAAAGGACAGAGGGGAAACGCUUAUGGGUUUAAGAUCUCCAGUUUGAAUAAGAUCGCCGAUACCAAAUCCAGCAUUGACAAGAAUAUUACCCUUUUGCACUAUCUAAUAACUGUGGUAGAAAAGAAGUAUCCUAAAAUUAUAACUCUACACGAGGAGCUGCAGAGCAUCCCUGAGGCUGCAAAAGUGAAUAUGACUGAACUGGACAAAGAAAUCAUCACUCUGAGGAAUGGCCUGAAAGCUGUGGAAAGUGAGCUGGAAUAUCAGAAGUCUCAGCCCCCAGUACCGGGAGACAAGUUUGUGUCUGUGGUCAGUCAGUUUAUUACUGUGGCGGGCUUCAGCUUCUCUGAUGUAGAAGACCUUCUUGCUGAAUCCAAGGAGCUGUUUAUGAAAUCAGCCAAACAUUUCGGAGAGGAAAGCAAGAUGCAGCCGGAUGAGUUCUUUGGGAUGUUUGAUCAGUUCCUCCAGGCCUUCUCAGAAGCCAAACAGGAAAAUGAGAACAUAAGGAAGAGGAAAGAGGAGGAAGAGCGUCGAGCACGUAUAGAGGCCCAGCUCAAGGAACAGAGAGAACGGGAGCGCAAAGCCAAGAAGGCAAAGGAAAACGGAGAAGAGGAGGGAGAGUUCGAUGACCUGGUCUCUGCUCUGAGAUCGGGUGAAGUUUUCGAUAAGGACAUUUCCAAACUGAAGAGGAACCGUAAGCGCAUUACCAGCCAGACGACUGAAAGCAGCCGGGAGAGACCCGUGACCAAGCUGAAUUACUAAAUCCCUUCAGUAACCCCCUAGAGACCAUAACUGGAGCAUUCCCGUACUGUCAUUGACACUGCCUAGAAAUUGGAGGGAGACUCGGAUCUGUACAUAUGUACGUAAUGUAAAGUAAUGUGUGUGCAUAUGUAUCGGCGUACAGCAUUUGUACACAUGCACGCAUACAUGUAUAUAGUUUGUAGUUUGGAUGGUUCCAUGCACAUGUUGAAUAUGUGAUUUAUUACAGUAUUAUGUAUAUCUGUGUACAGAGCACAUGUAUACAUACCCACUGUGUAUAAAUAGUCUUGUUUUUCUUAAUUUUUUAAAAAUUUUUUCCUUUCAAGUGCAAAAGCACAACCCCCAUUCUGCCAGAUUAAGACAAGUGCAUUCCUAAACUAUAGGGUUAUAUUUAUAGAGGACCUGUCUAUUCCCCGACAUGUCUAUUUUAAUAAACCUAUACAUUCCCAUUAAAUAGACGGCGGAGCAGCUUUUCUUAGGAUUCUGCAUUAUGUCGUUCCUCUGUUAUUCCUCCUGGAAAUGUGAGCUUCACUUGGUGUUACAAGUUAGGGGUGUUUUCCUAGACACACCGAUGUUGCCCAAUCAGUGGCAGCCCAUGUAGGGACACUCCUUAUUGACUAGGGAAAUAGUAACACCCAUUUGUCAAUUCAUAUAUUUCCAGGAGGAAUAAGAGAGGAACAGAAGGAAAAAAAAAACAGUGCUAAGAAAAGAUUCUCCAGAAUUGUUAUUUCAUGGGGAAAACAAGUAUUCGGGACUGUAUUGCAAUUGCACAGGAUGCCUGUAUGCAGCGGGGCAGCCAUUGCUCAGAGCCUAAUCUGUUGACCACUAACAUCAUUGAGGUAUCAAAUGACAACACUGUGAAUAUUAAGUCUUUAUUCUCAGUGAUGAUUGGUUGAGGUCUGAUAAGUGUGGAUCCCCCCGCAUGCAGGCGACAAAUAAAAAUCCUAGUAAUAAUUAAAAAAAACUAAAAACUGCAAAUCUAAUCUAUUUAUUGUAUAUUGGGGCGUAUGUGACGACGCACAGGGUUCAAAUAUCAAAGCACAGCAAAGUUCUUUAGAAUUCCUCAUAUGCUGGAUUAUUUUCACCAGGGACUUUGCUGGUCUGUGGCAAAAGGGAAUGGGUGCUGCCACGUAAGUCACGAUCACUUGGUAAAGUGUAUACCUAUAUAUUUGUAUCUAGAUAACAUUAUGUUAGGGUAAAGUCUGCUUCAUUACUAAUGGACCAAUAUACAGAUUACAGAGCGGUUACAUAAAGGUUAGCAAAGGGGGGGGGGCGCGUGGUGUCUUGGUUGCUUUCUGUGGUUGUGAAUAUUAGGGGUACAAUAGAAAGGUCAGGGUUCAUCAAACUUCUACUGUAAAGUAGUAGCCCCCAAUCUGUGGCUUCGUUCUCUAGUGGUUGCAAAACUUUAACCCCCAGCAUGCCAUAAGAGCUAAAGGCUGGGUGUUCAAGAUCAAUGCUGUGAAGGGUUACAAAAAAACUUUAUUCCAGGAUAGGGAAUGGAAAAAAAAAGUGUAAGGCUGGGUUCGCAACGUGUUGUAGAUAGUUGUCACACUGCCAGUCACCACAUUUGACCAGUGGCUGUGUCUGGUAUUGCAGUUUAGCCUCAUUUAAAGGAGUAGUCUAGUGCUGACUAUUCCCUCUCCGUUGUGCCCGGGCUGAAAAAAAAAUGGAAAACAAACUUUCACUCACCUUCCUGCGUCCCCCCCGGAUCGCCGCUUCAGCUGAUCGGUCCUCCAGUCCGGUCUUCAUCCUUCUUCCAUGUGCACGGAUCGUCACACUGCGCUCAGCCUAUCACCAACCGCAGCAAUGUCCCGCCUCGGCCGGUGAUAGGCUGAGCGCUGUGUGCCGAUCCUUGCACAGGAGGAAGGCAGAAGAGGAGGACCGAUCAGCUGUAGCGGCGCUACGGGGGAACACAGGAAGGUGAGUGAAAGUUUGUUUUCUAUAUUAUUUUUUUUGCCCGGGCACAACGGAGUGGGAAUAGUCUGCAGUAGACUACUCCUUCAUAUUCGCUUGAAAAGACAAGCCGUGAGAAAUAUGUUCCCUCCCAGGUCUGUGUCAUGUCCUGGGCAGUGUUUCCCAACCAGGGUGCCUCCAGCUGUUGCAAAACUACAAUUCCCAGCAUUCGGCUGUCCAGGCAUGCUGGGAAUUGUAGUUUUGCAACAGCUGGAGGCACCCUAGUUUUGAGACACUCUGCUAGAGACUGACUCGCAAUGUAAGUCUAUGGGACUGUCUUAGGCGAUUGCCUCUUCCCGCUCAUUCUAGCAAUCGGUUGGUGCCAGGUAUGCUGCUGAGUUGCAAUACCACACACUACCCACGGAGAAGAGUGCCACUGUUUUUUUGGGGAUACCCCCUUUCUCUUGAUCCAUCACUAAACACAAUGCAGGAUCAUACACAGUUGAUAACAUGUAAUGUAGAAGAAUGGCCGCCGUCCUCAUUUCCCUUCUUAUACACCAGACAUAGGUCAACAGCGUGUUACAAUCUAACCAGAUCCAUUAGUCACUGACUAUAAUCCGCACUUAGUAUUUGAUGCCGCCAUGUCUCUUCACAUUUACCCAUCUGACCACGCCGCACACUGCUCAGGUACCACCAACCCCCAUCGUGCGGCACAAAGCUGCACAAAUACAAUCACUUUGCAAUAUCUUAGACUGUUUUAGGCUUUAUUUCAUACAAAGACACAGGUUAUGGGAUUGUGGCAGUGAAGUUGAUUUUUUUAUUUUUUUUCACUGCUUAUACUAUGUUAGAACAUUCUUCCAUUAAAUUUCUGUAUUAAUUGUGUAUACGUAUUAAAGGGGUACUCCACUGGAAAAUAUAUAUUUUUUUAAAUCAACUGGUGCAGAAAGUUAAACAGAUUUGUAAAUU